AUGAUUUCAUCAAGUAAAAACAAUUGGUUUGAUUAUAUUGAAUCAAAAACAACCAACCAUUCUUAUCUGAAUAUUAUUCCGGAAGAAUUAAAAAUUUACAAAUUUCAAGAUCAUUUCUACAAUUUUUUAAAUAAAUUAAGAUCAUCGUUGAAUUCAAGGCGGAACUCUACAAAACUAACCACACUUUCUAUGAUAGAUCCGAAUGGAAGGAUAACUGAUCUAGUUAAUUCAAAUAUUCCAGAAAUCCAAAUGACUAGUAAUGAUGGAUUGCAAAGUUUAAAACUUUUAAAAGAUAAUGAAUUGUCUAAGUAUGAAGAUAUUAUCUAUACAAUCCAAAAUGAUUCAGUCCCUUUAAAUUCAUCUGACAAUGUGAUUAAUAGAAUAUUACAUUAUUCAGUGGAAUAUGGAUAUACAGAUUUAGUCAAAUGUUCAUUAAAUAAUGGAGCAGAUCCAAAUUAUAUCAAUGAAUUGGGAAAUCAACCUAUACACUCAGCAGUCUCAAGAAAACACGUACAAAUACUUCAACUGUUAAUUGAUUUUGGCGCCAACGUGAAUGCGAAAAACCGACUAGGUGCACAAGCUAUACAUCUAGCAUGUGAAGCGGAUUUUAUAGAAGGAUUAGAACUUCUGCUUGAAAUUGCAGUAGAUGCCAAUACACCUGAUGAACAAGGUGCAACACCAGUUCAUUAUUGUUGUUUCAAUGAUAGUGCUGCAUGUUUACAAAUGUUGAUAGAAGCUGGUGGGAAUAUAUACCAGACGGAUGCUUUAGGAAAAUAUCCAAUUCAUGAAGCGAUUUCCCAAUCAAGUUUACAAUGCCUUAAAAUUCUUUUGGAUUAUAAUCAAUAUGAUAUGCAAGCACAUAAUGAGCCAACGACAACAAUAACAGAACCUUCUUGGCAGAUUGUCAAUUCUAUGAUUACUAACACAGAGAACCAUAAAUCUAUUUCAGUAUUCAGUCGUCAAUAUUCAACAAGUUCAAAUAAAUAUAAUUCAGGAUCUAAAGAUUUAACUAAUUCAUUUGAAUUCGAAAUGAUACAAGAAAAACUUAAUCAGAGAAUGAGGAAGCCGUUCAAGAAACAACAGUUGAUCCACUUACGUGAUGGUGAAGGUCUUGCACCGAUUCAUGCGGCAGCUAGUUCAGGAUCGAUUGAAUUGUUGAAUAUAUGCCUUCAAUAUAACCCAGAUGUACUAGCUAAAGAUCAAAAUGGUCAAACAGUACUUCAUUAUGCUGCACUACGAGGUGAUCUAGAAUGUGUAAAGGCAAUCAUUAAAAACAUCUCACUUGAAGAACAAACCAAAUUAAUUCAAUGUUCCAAUGAAAAUCAAGAAACGUGUCUACAUUUAGCAGCUAAACAUAAUUUUGUUGAUAUGGUAGAUUAUUUAAUAAGUUUGGGAUCAAAUAUUAAUCAACAAGAUAUAAAUGGUUAUACACCAAUAAUGUCAGCUGCUAUUAAAGGUUCAAUUAAUGUAAUUGAUUAUUUAUUAAAUAAAAAUAUUAUAAUUAAACAUCAUGAUAUAAAACAAAGAAAUUUAUUUCAUUUAAUUGUUUUAAGUUGUUCAGAUGAAAUAUGUAAUUCAAUUGAAAUAAUAAAAAAUCUUAAAGAGUUACCUGAAUUACUGAACGAUGUAGACAAUUAUGGAUAUACACCGCUACAUUAUGCAACUAAAUUAGGUCUUAUAGAAACUUGUCUAUUCUUUUUACAAUAUGGUGCAAAUGUAACAGUUGUCGGUGAGAAUAAAUGUACUCCACUUCAUUUGGCAGCUAAAUUUGGCCGUUUACGAAUAUCACAGGCUAUACUGAAUACAAUUGGCGGUAUGAGAACAUUAUCUAUGACUGAUAGUAAAGGUUGUCUACCUUUGCAUAUAGCAGCUUAUUAUGGACAAGAUAAAUUAUUGGAACUUUUUUUAAAAAAUGGUUGCUUAUUUCGAAGAUGUCAUGAAGGAAAUACUGCUUUACAUUAUGCAGUAAUGCAAGAGAAUGUAGAAGCAUGUAGAAUUCUAUUACAGAUCAAUCCUACUUUAUUGAAUCAAACAAACUAUGAUGGAAUGACUGCAUUACAUAUUGCUGCAAUACGGAAUAACAGUCAUACAAUAGAAUAUUUACUAUCUAACGGUGCGGAGAUCAAACCAGAUCAUAAUGGAUUAUACUUCUCAAAUUAUGCAAUCACAAGACAAAAUGAGGCAGCUGUUAAAGAAAUAGUUGUACAUGAAAGAUGGCCCGAAAUAGUGGAGUUACUUAGCAACACAAUACACUGUCCAUUCAAAGAAUUAAUAGAAUAUUUACCUGAAAUUUGUUUGUUGGUUAUGGAUCGUUAUAUCACUGAUCAAGGAAAAAUGAACAGUCCAGAACACGGGACAUUGUUUGAUUUCUCUAUAUUACAACCACCUUUAAAAAAUCGCAACAGACAACCAACUGAACCACUACAACACUUAAAGAGAGUGAAAUAUUUUAAACAUUGGAAUAACCAUUUUGUUUUAAUAUUUCAAUCAUUACUUAUUAUCAAUUCAGUAAUAAGUUUAAUUGGUAAUAAUCAACUAUAUUCUGCUGUUCUAGCAAUUAUUAUCAUGUUUAUAGCUUGGAUUAAUCUACUUUUACAAAUGAUUCGGUCACAAGAUUUUGGAAUAUUUAUCAUCAUGUUUAUACAUGUGACAGCCACAGUUGCUAAAUUGUUACCUUUAUCUUUAUAUCUUCUUAUUGGAUUUGCAACAGUAUUUCAACAAUUAAUUCACUUACCAAAUGAAGAGGUGUUCAAUUCUUUAUCUGACAACAAUAAUAAUAUACAAUUUCGUAAUUGUUUCAUUGAUUAUACAAAUUCACUAAAUCAUUCAAUGAAUAAUAUAACAAACAUAAAUAGAAGACAAUUCAAUAUGCUUAGUAAUAUUGGAUUAACAUUUUUCGAUACAUUAAUGAUGAUGAUGGGUGAAUAUAAACAUACAAAUAUUAUUAUUAUUCAAUCAUAUUUAAAAGAUCAAGUAUCUGCAAUACCAUAUCCAAAAUUGACAUUUAUCUUUUAUAUAAUAUUUAUUAUUUUAAUACCAAUAACACUAAUCAGCUUAACGAUUGGUUUAGCAGUUGGUGAUAUUGACAAGGCUAGAAGAAGUGCGACACAAGAACUAAUCUAUCGACAAGUUUACUGGUUAGAUAGUUUAGAAGCGAAUCUCCCACGUUGGUUAUACGCUAAAGUUUGUGUUCAAAAAUGGUUAUUGAAACCAGCUAGACCAAAUUUACCAAGAUACGAGCGUUCCAGACAAGAACUAAACAAAACUGUCGAACUUUUAAAUCAACGACUGAAUAUAAUCUACAAAAAAUUGGAAUGGUUCAAUUAUCAAUUGCAUCAAAUCAUGCAAAAGCUAUCAAUACAAACGAUGGAAACACUAUUGGAUACUGGAAGUUACGAUGAUGUCGGUUAA